AUGUUUCUGUGGGUUGGUGUACUGUGGUGCGUUGUCCUUGCAGCUGACGAGAAUAACGAUCCACUGGAUGGUUUUCAGGAUAUAAGUCCGGACGAAUUGGAUGCACUAUCUCACAACUUGAGUAAACUGGUUGCCGCGGGCGGCUUGGAUGCUCUAGCUAGGCAAUUAGGUAUCCCGGAGGGGGAGUCACAAUCCGAUUUUGUACAGAAGGCGUUCAAAACGUUGAGCGAGCUAUUAGCCAACACGGAAUCUCGAGAUUUGUUGGCGGACCCAAACAAAGACCCCAGGGAGAUUGUGGAGGCCCUGCUCAAGGGUGCAGUAGGUGUCGAUCAAGAUGCUGUUGAUGUUCUAUUGUACUUAUGCUCGAUGAUUCGGGUUCUUACCGGUAAUGAUCACUUGAAAAAAGAAGUCAAUCGAAUGAUUCUCGACAAUGCUGAAUUGCUGGCCAAAGGCGGGGACUUCGCGACUUUGCUCAUUAAUGUAGCAGAAGAUCCUGCCUUCCGCGACCUUAAAGAAGAAAUUGAAGACGACGUGAUGAGCAAUGGAGGAUACUCACUAUCGGCAGAAACAGAAAAUGAUAUGUCACGCUAG